AUGCCACCUGCUUCCUCCUCCUCCCCCUCCUCUUUCUCUCCUCCCUCGUCCAUCCUCAUCGUUGGCUCCGGCGUCUUCGGGCUCAGCACAGCCUAUGCUCUGUCCCAGCGCCCUGCCUUCGCGGGCACGGCCAUCCGUGUCGUAGACCGGACGCCCGAUCAGGCCGUCUUUCCCUCGCGAGACGCCUCGAGCAUCGACACGUCGCGCAUCAUCCGGCCCGACUAUGCUGACCCUGCCUACGCCGACCUCGCCGCCGAGGCCCAGGUUCACUGGCGCCGGCAAGGCCCUGACGAGCUAGGCGGGCAGGGACGCUACACGGAGAGCGGCCUCGCCCUCGUGGCAGACGGCGACAUCGCUUCCGUUCCUUCUCAGGGCCAGGACUCUGCCAAGAAGGACGGCGUAGGCUAUGUCCGUGCCAGCUGGGAUAACAUCUCGGCCAUGGCCCAGAAGGACCCCGCCCUCCAAGAAAGGAUACGCUUCCUGCCUACCAAGGAGGCCAUCCGCGAUGCUGUCCGCACUGGUGGCACAUCGGGGAGCUCAGGCUACCUCAACUCGGCCAGCGGGUGGGCCGAUGCCGAGGCCAGCAUGAAGUGGCUCUACGACCGCGUCAAGAGCACAGGACGUGUCGAGUUCAUCAGCGGCACAGUCGCUGCCCUCGAGCGUGACGGCGAUAGGGUCAGCGGCGUGAAGCUCUCGGACGGGGCCGUCCUCGCCGCCGACCUGGUCGUCCUCGCGACGGGAGCUUGGACCGGCGCCCUCCUGGACCUGACCGGCCACGCCUCGGCUACAGGCCAGGUACUGGGCUACAUCGACAUCACGGAGGAAGAGCAAGCCGCUCUGUCAAAGAUGCCCGUCCUGCUCAACCUGACUACGGGCGUCUUCGUCAUCCCGCCCGCGAACCGCCUCCUCAAGGUCGCCCGCCACGCCUACGGCUACCUCAACCCGUCCUCGCGCCUGUCCCCGCUCCCGCCCUCGCCGGCGUCCGCGCCCUCGAAGCCCACGGUCUCGCUGCCCAUGACACACCUCACCAACCCCGACCUGGUCAUCCCCGACGAGGGCGUGCGCGACCUCCGAGAAGGCCUGCGGGAGAUGGUGCCGCUGCCGGCCAUACACGACCGCCCGUUCAAGUACACCAGGCUGUGCUGGUAUACGGACACGCCCGACGGCGACUUCAUCAUCGACUACCACCCUUCGUGGAAGGGCCUGUUCCUGGCGACGGGCGGCAGCGGCCAUGGCUUCAAGUUCCUGCCCGUCAUCGGCGACAAGAUCGUCGACACCCUGUCUGGCAACUGCCCUCCUGCCUUCAAGGGCAAGUGGUCGCUGAAAGACAGCAGGACCUUCUCCGCCUGGGACUCUGUCGUCACAGAGGACGGCAGCCGAGGUGGCAUCCCGGGCCUGAUACUUGAGAGAGAACUCAAGGCAUCCGAGCAGAAGAGGUCCAAGCUGUAG